AUGGGGGACAAGACAGCGCACAAGAAGAAGAAGUCUGGCAAGAAGGCCGCCAAGAAGAAGGUGGCCGACAAAAAGAAGAGGGAUUCAGGGGAGAUGACUGAGGAAAUGAAGCGCAACCCCAAGGCCUUCACCAACAAGUCGCGCUUCAAGGCCAAGCUGCAACGCGCGCGCACAGCCGACAAGGAGCAGAAGCGCAUGCACGUGCCUGUGGUGGAGAGGGAGCCAGAAGAGCCGCCGCCCUUUGUGGUUGGCAAGUCGCUGGUGAUCAGGUGUCUGAUAAAACACUUCACUCGCCAGUCGCUGUCCGAGGUCAAGGGCCCCAUCACUCUUGUCUCCGGCAAAGCCCGCCGCCUCACCUUCCUGGAAUGCCCCCAGGACCUGAACGGCAUGAUUGAUGCUGCCAAGUACGCGGACCUGGUUCUGCUGCUGGUGGACGGCUCGUUUGGCUUUGAGAUGGAGACGUUCGAGUUCCUCAACAUCCUUCAGGUGCACGGCUUCCCCAAGGUGAUGGGAGUGCUGACUCACCUGGACGGCUUCAAGGACAACAAGCGGCUGAAGAAGACCAAAAAGGUCCUCAAGCACCGCUUCUGGGCCGAGAUCUACCAGGGCGCCAAGCUGUUCUACCUGAGCGGCAUGCGGCACGGCAAGUACCUGCAGCGGGAGGUGCACAAUCUGGCGCGCUUCAUCUCCGUCAUGAAGUUCCGGCCGCUCUCCUGGCGCAUCGCCCACCCCUACCUCCUCACCGACCGCUUCGAGGACAUAACACCGCCGGACCGCGUGGCGGAGGAUCCCAAGUGCGACCGGGAGGUGACCGUUUACGGAUACCUGCGCGGCGCCAACCUCAAGCCCGGCACGCGCGCGCAUCUGGCCGGCGUCGGUGACUUCCAGGUGGCGGACAUUGGCGUGCUGCCGGAUCCCUGCCCGCUGCCGAGCACGGUGAAGAAGCGGGGGCUGAAUGAGAAGGAACGCCUCCUGUACGCGCCAAUGGCAGAUGUUGGCGGGCUGCUCUAUGACAAGGACGCUGUCUACAUCGACAUCCCUGACUGGAAGGUCAGUUACACAGGCGAGGGUGGAGGGCCGGGGGGCGAGGGAGAACGGAUGGUGCGGGACCUGCAGGGAACCCGCGAGGCAGUGGACCAGAAGCUGGCGGCCAGCCGCAUCCGCAUGUUCGGCCGCGGCGGGGACGCCGACGGCGAUGACAUGGACGACGAUAUCAGCGCCGAUGAGUCGGACAGCGAGGAUGAGGGCGAGGAAGCUGGAAGCUCUGAUGAAGGCAGCUCUGCAGAGGAAGAAGGGUCAGAGGAUGAGUCAGGGGGCAGUGAUUACGAGGAGGCACCCGUUCUGGGGGGUGGUCGGAGACGUGGUCAUCAUACAGACAGUGACGAUGAAUCAGCGACAUCCGGAGAGGACACAGAAGGCUUGGGGGGCGCAGCAAAAUGGAAGGAGAACAUGCUGAAUCGAGCGUCGGCGCUCUUCAGCCGGAGGGCCGCUGACCUGCAGUCCUACAUCUACGGCACAUCUGCGCUGGCAGACGCCGCCAAAAAGAAUGGGCGGCGGAGGGGGGCGGAAAGCGAGAGCGAGGGAGAUGAUGAAGACGGCGACCUGUUCAGGCUGCGGAAUGCUGACGAGGCGGGUUCUGACUCAGCCGCGCCAGAUCUGGACGCUGACGAUGCGCUGGACGCCUCGGCCCUGCCUCUGGCGGAACUGGAUGUCAGCCGCUGGGCCGAGGACGGCGCCGCCGAGCAGCUGCGCAACCGCUUUGUCACCGGUGAUUGGACGGAAGGGGAGGCAAGGGACCUGGCGGGCCCUGAUGCCGAUGAUGAGGACGAGGCGUUUGGGGAGGUCAUUGACAUGGAGACAGGCGAGGUACUGGGCCGGGACGGGGAUGCAGCGACGGUCACGGCGCUGAAAGCAAUCCAGGACGUGGAGUCUGAGCAGAAAGAGGCGGCACGGUUGCGGGAGCAAAAGAUCGCUCAGAAGGCCAGCUUCAACCAAGAGUACGACACCGGCGGCGGCGCGGCAGGAAUUAAAGACGGCCCAAGUAAAAAGGCGGACAAGGCCAAAUUUGCGGCGGCCGCAGAGGAAGAUGAGGGCGAGACGUUCUACGACGCGGCCAAAAAGGAAAUGGGCGAGCGGGCCGCGCGAACUCGCGCGGCGCUGGAUGCACUCGAUCCGGAGCAGCGUGUCGCCAUGGAGGGCCACCGGCCUGGGGCGUACCUCCGCCUGCGAUUCACCGGCGUUCCCUGCGAGCUGGUGCGGCACUGGGACCCGGCGGUGCCGCUGCUGGUGGGGGGACUGGCAGCUGCCGAGGAGGGGCGCGGCUUCCUGCAGCUUCGCCUCAAGCGCCACCGCUGGUUCGGCCGCCUCCUCAAGACGCGCGACCCGCUCGUGUUCUCCAUCGGAUGGCGCCGAUUCCAGUCCGUGCCAGUGUACGCCAUCGCAGACCAAAACGACCGCCACCGGAUGCUGAAGUACUCGCCGGAGCACAUGCACUGCCUGGCCAACAUUUAUGGCGCCAUGGCACCCCCCAACACUGGCGUGCUAGCCGUCCAGUCAACCGCCGCCAACCAGCGGGGCUGGCGCAUCAGCGCGACGGGCGUGGUGCUGGGACUGGACGCGGCGCCGGCGGUCGUGAAGAAGCUGAAGCUGGUGGGAACCCCCUUCAAAAUCGCGCGCCACACCGCAUUCGUCUCCGGCAUGUUCAACAGCCAGCUGGAGGCCGCCAAGUUUGAGGGCGCCACCGUGCGCACCGUCUCCGGCAUCCGCGGGACCAUCAAAAAGGCGCUGCGGCCCGGGGUGCACGGCGGCAAGGACGGCUCGUUCCGGGCGACGUUCGAGGACAAGCCGCUGCUAUCGGACAUCGUGUUCCUGCGCGCAUGGAUCGCCGUCGAACUGCCGCGCUUCUACAACCCCGUAACUAACCUGCUCGCGCCGCCGCCGGCCGUCCUCCGCGCUCCCAAGCCCGGCAAGGCCGAGCAGGCGGCGAGAGAAGAAGCCGAGGCGGCCGGCCCGCAGCCGCUGCCACUGCCGCCGCCUCCGCCACUCCCGGUGCCAUCCACGAUCGGCGAUGAUGCUGAUUUUGUCGCAAGCACAACUUCCUCCGGCGCGCGGCCGGGCUUCGUGUUCCAGGCCGGUCCCCUCGGCGUGGGUUACUACCGUGAGGGGUCCUCCGCCAGCGACGGGGGGACCCUCGCCACCGCCAACGCGGGGGCGGAUCCCCCGGCGGUCCCCCCGGGCUGGGUGGGCAUGCGGACGGUGGCGGCGCUGCGGCGGGAGGCGGGGGUCGGACCCCCCCGCGAGAAGGACAGCCUGUACCGCCCCAUCGAGCGGCCGCCGCGGCGCUUCAACCCCCUGAAAGUGCCCAAGUCGCUGCAGGCGGCGCUGCCGUACAAGAGCAAGCCUAAGGUGCCGGGCGCGCGGCGGCGGCAGACGCUGGAGCAGAAACGCGCCGUCGUGCUCGAGCCGGCCGAGCGGAUAUCUGUGGCGCUCAUCGACCAACUCAACGCCCUGCGCAAUGAGAAGGCCGAGAAGAAACGCGCCAAACAGGCGCGCCAUCGCGAGAAACAUGCCAAGGAUGUGGCAGCAGAGGACGCGUGGCGCGCAAAGUACAACAAAGAGGAGCGCAAGAAACGCUACGUGGAAAGGGGCGCGGCCGACAAGCGCGCAGCCGCCAAGAAGCCGCGCACCAGCGAUGACUAG